CAGACAGAGGAGCCUCAACAUUUAUUCUCAUAAUCCCGCCCCAAGCUAGCAGUUUCUAUGUGUGUGUAUAUAUAUUAAUCCCGCCAACCUUAACAAACGAUCCUCAGGUGCAUCCCUCUCUCCUAGUCUUCGCCUACCAAAAAUUAGGGAUAGAGACCAUAACGAUGCGCUUCGUAGCGGCGAAGGCGUGCGCCGGCAGCAGGGCUCGCGCAGGCGCUCUCUACAUCGGCGGUAACUCCGCCGCACCCAUCGAAACGCCCUCCCUCUUGAUCUCCACCCUCAAGGGCCUCCCGGCGUUCAUUUCGCGUGAUCAUCUCGGUGACCUCCCCGCCCCCGAUUCUCACCUCCUUCACGUCAGCCCUAUCCACUUUUUAGAUUGCCCUGCAACCAAAACUAUCUGUACUAUUGGAGGUUUGCAUCAGAUGGUGGGAUUGCAUGAUCAUUUUUUUAUAGCUUCCCCUAGAGAUUCAUUAGAGAGUUUACCUGAGAGUGAUGGCACCAAUAAGCUUGGGGCAUCUUUUGAAACACCUUCUGGUCGUCAACUGGUGAAACCGUCAGCAUACAUGGAAAUGAUUACAUCAUUGAUGCCCAAUCUAUGGGCCAGUAUGGCAGAUGAGGUGCCUGCUUGGGUCUCUGAUAAGCGAAAUAAAACUUCUGUUGAUCGGACACUGCGUUGGCUUGAUGAAUGCAUCAAUUUGGACCUAGAAGGUGGGAAAAAUGUAUUGGGAUUUGUUGUUGGUGGAUCCAGUAUUGAAGAACGGAAACGCUGUGCGACUGAAGUGGCUGCCAGAAAUGUCUCAGGUUUUUGGAUAGGAGGUUUUGGACUUGGUGAGAGUAUAGAAGAACGACCUGCUUUGCUCCAUGCUGUUACGGAUAGCCUUCCAGAGGAAAAGCUACGUCUUGUAUCUGGACUUUCUCUCCCAGAGGAGGUCUUGCAGGGUGUAGCUGUUGGAGUGGAUUUCUUCGAUUCCACGUAUAUUUACCAUCUUACACUUCGGGGCUUUGCACUGAUCUUCCCACAUAAUAUUGUUGAUGAAGACAUUGUAGAUCGUCCACUUGAUGAUUACCCUAAUGACUGUACAAAAAUAAAUUUGAGAGCUACAAUUUUCAGGAAGGAUACUUCAUCUAUUGUUGCAAACUGUACUUGCUUCACUUGCCAGAAUCACACACGAGCUUAUAUCAAUCAUCUAUUGAAUGUUCACGAAAUGUUGGCUCACAUCCUACUAGAAAUACAUAACACACACCACUAUUUGGGCUUCUUUCGCACUAUCCGUGAAACUAUUAAGAACGGAAAGUUUGACUUGUUCCACAAGAAAUUCAUUCAAAGCAGGCGCAUCCAUCUUGCCUCAGUCGUGCAAUAUUCUUGACGUUGUGUUUCUUCUCUUUUUGUGACAGUUUAGAGUUCAAAAUUUUAUUAUCUUCAAUUUUGUAGUAUGCUUAGUGAAAUUCUAGAGCGGCAAGGGUCUUGUAGUUUCAGUAGCUGUUUGAAUGGUUAGUACAGACAACAUCGAUUAUGCGGCCUCUAACUUAAGAGGGAAUGACUAAGCAACUGUUAUACUUUUCAUGUAUUAGAACCUUGAGGAAAGAUUGUAUCUAAAUGUCAAUUAGUGUCAGUUUAGUGCCUGAUUCACUCUGGCUGUAUAAUUUGGAGUCAUGAACCGCAAAUGAAAUGUUCACUUGUAGUAACUGUAUGACAGUUUAUGAAUGAGGGAAGCAAAGACUGAUGCAGGGCACUCACAAGGAGGGUGCUUGGGCU